CGGGAGGAAGAUGUACGCUUCGACGUCACAUCACGUGCUGCCGAAUCAUGGGCUUAGCACUGGAAUGUGUGACGCGUGACUGGAAUGCAUUCCAGGCAACGUCAGAACGUCUGCCUUACAUGGUGGUCAGGACACCACGUAGCAUCCAAAUCACUGCUAUUUUCACUGCUUCAGCGGCGGCCUACUUGCCUCUGGACCGGCUGGUGGGUAAAGAUCAUACACCGAGGCGAUAAUCGUUUACUCUCCGACCGGCCGAAACAGUGUUACCUUAGAAUGACAAUUUCAUCGGUCAGGGUUUCCGUUGAACCGGAUGUUCGAUGCCAUUGAAAGGCAUUCGCGGACUCUGUGAAGGGCCUGUAUAGAACUUCAAUAGUGUCGCCAAGGGUAUGGGUUUGAAAAAGCACAGUUCAUCGUACGGACCGCUGGAGACAACGCCCCAUGCGACUCCAUGAUUGACACAAACCCAUUACAUGACCCUAAUAUAGCAUUAGUCCCUUCCCGUUUGAGCUGUGCUACUCAGGAAGCAGGCUGAUCAGAGGGCGCUCAGCCAGGGUUGUAAAUGGAUGAGGCACUGUGCCGUCUCCGGCAUGUCAUGUCCCCCAUGCGGCCGUGGGAUCUCAGUCACUUCCGCUUACUCCCAAAACUUAUAACCAGCAGCCAGUGCGCUGAUUAU